CUUCGAGAUGGCGACUGCUUUGGAACUGAGUCCAACCGAGAUUCGCGGCCUGUGCAAGCGGUACUUUUAUCAAGAUGCUUCCAAUUCGGAUACGGGAUUCGAUAUAAUCAACUAUACUCUAAAGCCCACCUCGGAUGCUCCAGCCGGAUACUUGGGCAGCCACCUCUACCUGCACGUCUCCCUGAAGCUUCACAAUUCCGAGGAGGUCCGGCAGCUCACAUUCUUCUCGAAGUCGGCGCCCGUUGGUAAUGAGUCGCGAAUGGAAUACCUAGAGGAUUUUGGAGUGUUCCAAAAGGAAAUCGCAGUCUACCAGAACGUUCUACCCGAUCUUCACAAGGCCUGUGCAGAAGUGGCGCCGAAGUGCUAUUACGCGGACAAGAAUCUGCUGAUCUUUGAGAACCUCGCAGAUCAGGGCUAUCGAAUGGGUGCUGGGCGGGAUGGUCUGCUGACCUAUGAGCAGCUCCAUUGCUGUCUAAAAACCUUGGCCGCCAUGCAUGCGGGUUCCAUAAUCCAGGAACAGAGAACGGGACAAAAAAUAGCGCAGUCUCAUCCCAAAUCGGUGGUGGAGAAUGCCUAUCCCAGUGAUGUUUCGCCGGAACAUCUGAGGAUGGCUAACUUUCAAAAUGCUUGUCUGGUGCUCAAAGAGUUCAUCAAACUGAUACCCAAAUAUCAGUCCAAGUUGGAUUACGUAUUGGAAAACUUUACAGAAAAGAUGUCCUUUAUUUUUGAGGCUGUCAAGACCUCGGAUGUGUACCAGAAUACCUUACUCCAUGGCGAUUUGUGGGCCAAUAAUAUAAUGUUCCAGUAUGGCAGAUAUGGGGAGGUUCCACUGCAGUGCCGCCUUGUGGACUUCCAGUUGGCCAGAUAUGCCCCACCUGUCCUCGAUGUCCUGACCGUUCUCACCAUUCCCACUUCAAAAGAGUUCAGGGACGCCCAUCUCAGUGAGCUUCUGGCGGAAUACUACCGAUUCAUGACCGAGUUUCUCAAGCGUGCUGACUUAGCGCGUUUUAUUCCAGAACAGAGUUUCUAUGAAUCCGUGCAGAAGUUUCGAAGUGUUGGCCUGAUCGAAAGCUGUUUGUUCUGUCACCUGGUUAUUCUACCACCUCAGUGCACUCAGAAACUGACCAGUUCAGUGGAUGGCUUUAACGACUUUUUCAGUAAUAAACGCAUUGAGAUUUGCCUGGAGGCCUUCAACACGGAUGAGUUGUACAGAAGUCGGCUGGUCGACAUGAUUGAAGACUUUGUAGAUCAAUUUGUCAUAAAUGUUUAGAAUGGAAUGGCUGAGUUGUACAGGACUCGUUUGGUGAACACGAUUCAGGAUUUUGUAGAUAAGUAAAAUAUGCAUACGUUCUUUUUACAAAUAAAAAUGAAAGUGAAUUUUCAUGUUUAA